AUGGCUAAACAUUACAUGAAGAGUGUGCUAUCUUCACUGCUCUUGUCGGCUACAAGCCAAGCUGCAGUGUUGGCCCCAGUUAACGACAUUGUGUUUCCGUCGAGCAAUACAGCUCAAAACCCACUGCAAUACUCCGGUGGUAACACGCCAUAUUUUGCUGGUUGUCCAAAUGUCAAUGGCGUCAGUAACGAUGUGCCUGAUAAAUGCACAGUUCAGCAAGCUGCCUAUGUUGUGAGACACGGAAGCAGAUUUCCCGAUACAGGAUCUUAUGAUUCCUGGGUCGGUAUUCAGGAGAAGGUCCAAACUGCUGUUAAGGGCCAUGGAUUUGAGGCCCGCGGAUCUCUUUCUUUCAUCUCGGAAUGGAGUCCAGUUCUGACCAAUCCGACACUACAAAUGGCCUCUGAGUCUAUGACAGGAUGGAAGGAGGAUGGUAACCCGUUCUACGUGUGGGCCAACCAGUACAAGUAUCCUAUCAAUGAGUCUCGAGUAGUUCAGACCGCUCGUGCUUUUGUGAAUGGCUAUCUUUACGAGUUCGCCGAAACCUAUGGUACGGUUGUUAGUGUGAACUCCACUGGCUCCACAAGUGCCAUUGGAAACUCUCUUGGUCCAUCCGAUUCAUGCCCGACGUUUGCGAGCACCUCAAGUGGAGGUGAUAAUGUCACCAAUUUUGAUGCUACUUGGGUCCCCAAAACCUUGAAGCGGCUCAAUUCACUGGUUAGUGGAAAUCUCACCUUCGAUGAGACCGAUAUCCUUUUCUUCCCGUACCUGUGUGCAUACGAGAGUCAGAUUCGUGGUAACCUCAGUCCCUGGUGCAACGUUUUCACUGAAGAUGAGCUUCGCAACUAUGCCUAUUCCCAGGACUUGAGCUACUACUAUGAUGUUGGUCCUGGCGCGGAUGGACCAGCUAGUGUUCUCUUCUUGCCUUUCCUGCACAGUUUGACAACUCUACUCAGCAAAGGCCCCGGUCAAAAGGGCACAGGCGUUGAUGGAGACGACUUUACUGUUCCCAAUCUCAUCAUGGCUUUCCUGAAUGAUAACCAAAUUGCCGAGAUGACUGCUGCCAUGGGGGUUUUUGAUCAUGAGUCGGCUCUUCCCGAUGAUCAUAUCCCUGCUAAUCAGCUAUAUAAUGUGGCACACUUUAUCACCAUGCGCGGCACUGUAGCGUUCGAGACGCUGAACUGCGAGGUUGAAUCGAAGCGUCAAUUUUCCAAUGAGACUUAUAUUCGAGUGCUGUUUAAUGACGCUGUCUACCCUAUUGCUAGCUGUCAGAAUGGCCCCGGCAAAAGUUGUCUUUUGUCUGAAUAUGCAGCUCUCAUUGAGAAGAAAAACCAGGAUGCUGGCAACUUUAUUGAUUAUUGCAACGUGACCGAGGCAAGUCAUCCUUCUACUGUUGCUGGGGCUAGCUUCUUCAGUGACUUAUCUUUGAAUUUCUUGACAUUCGUCAAGCCCUGA